AUGCCUGCGCUCUGGCUGAGCUGCUGCCUCUGCUUCUCGCUCCUCCUGCCUGCGGCCCGGGCCAACUCCAGGACGCCAGUCUGUGAUUGCAGUGGGAAGUCCAGGCAAUGCGUGUUUGAUGAGGAACUUCACAGACUGACAGGAAAUGGAUUCCGCUGCCUGCACUGCAGUGACAACACGGGUGGCGUUCACUGCCAGAGGUGCAAGGAAGGAUUUUACCGCCAGAGAGACAGAGACCGCUGUUUACCCUGCAAUUGUAACUCCAAAGGUUCUCUUAGCGCUCGAUGUGACAAUGCUGGACGAUGCAGCUGUAAGCCAGGUGUGACAGGAGACAGGUGUGACCGCUGUCUGCCAGGCUUCCACACCCUCACUGAGGCUGGGUGCACCCAAGACCAGAGGCUCCUAGACUCCAAGUGUGACUGUGAUCCGGCUGGCAUCUCGGGGCCCUGUGACACAGGCCGCUGUGUCUGCAAGUCAGCUGUCACCGGAGGGCGCUGUGAUAGGUGCCGACCAGGUUACUAUCACCUGGAUGGGGGAAACCCUGAGGGCUGUACCCAGUGUUUUUGCUACGGGCAUUCAGCCAGCUGCCGAAGCUCUGGAGACUACAGUGUCCAUAAAAUCACCUCUACCUUCCAUCAAGAUGUUGAUGGCUGGAAGGCUGUCCAAAGAAAUGGGUCUCCUGCAAAACUCCAAUGGUCACAGCGCCAUCGAGAUGUGUUUAGCUCAGCACGACAGCCAGACCCUGUCUAUUUUAUAGCUCCUGCCAAAUUUCUUGGGAAUCAACAGGUGAGCUAUGGGCAGAGCCUGUCUUUUGACUACCGUGUGGACAGGGGAGGCAGACACCCAUCCGCCCAUGACGUGAUCCUGGAAGGUGCUGGUCUACGGAUCACAGCUCCCUUGAUUCCACCUGGCAAGACACUGCCUUGUGGGGUCACCAAGACUUACACUUUCAGAUUAAAUGAAAAUCCAAGCAGUAAUUGGAGCCCCCAGCUGAGUUACUUUGAGUAUCGCAGGUUACUGCGGAACCUCACAGCCCUGCGGAUCCGAGCUACCUAUGGAGAAUACAGUACUGGGUACCUUGACAAUGUGACCCUGAUCUCAGCUCGCCCCAUCUCUGGAGCCCCAGCACCAUGGGUUGAACAAUGUGUGUGUCCUGUCGGGUACAAGGGACAGUUCUGCCAGGAAUGUGCUUCUGGCUACAAAAGAGAUUCAGCCAGACUGGGACCUUUUGGCACCUGUAUUCCAUGUAACUGCCAAGGAGGAGGGGCUUGUGAUCCAGACACAGGAGAUUGUUAUUCAGGGGAUGAAAACCCUGACAUCGAGUGUGCCGACUGCCCCAUUGGUUUCUACAACGACCCGCGUGACCCCCGCAGCUGCAAGCCCUGCCCCUGUCGCAAUGGGUUCAGCUGCUCCGUGAUGCCAGAGACAGAGGAUGUGGUGUGCAAUAACUGUCCCCACGGUGUCACUGGUGCCCGCUGUGAGCUCUGUGCCGAUGGCUACUUUGGGGACCCCUCUGGGGAACACGGCCCAGUGAGGCCUUGUCAACCCUGUCAGUGCAACAACAACGUGGACCCCAGUGCCUCUGGGAACUGUGACCGCCUGACGGGCAGGUGUCUGAAAUGCCUCCACGGCACAGCCGGUGCCCACUGCGACCAGUGCAAAGCAGGCUACUUCGGGGACCCCUUGGCUCCCAACCCAAUGGACAAGUGUCGAGCUUGCAACUGCAACCCAGUGGGCUCGGAGCCCGUGGAGUGUAGAAGUGAUGGCAGCUGUGUUUGCAAGCCAGGAUUUGGCGGCCUCAACUGUGAGCAUGCAGCAUUAACCAUCUGUCCAGCUUGCUAUAAUCAAGUGAAGAUUCAGAUGGAUCAGUUUAUGCAGCAGCUCCAGAACCUGGAGACCCUGAUUUCAAAGGCUCAGGGUGACGGUGGAGCAGUACCUAACACAGAGCUGGAGGGCAGGAUGCAGUGGGUUGAGCAGACCCUUCAGGACAUUCUGAGAGAAGCCCAGAUUUCAGAAGGUGCUAUUAGAUCCCUCAAUCUCCAGUUGGCCAAGGCCAGGAGCCAAGAGAAUAGCUACCGGAACCGCCUGGAUGACCUCAAGAUGACUGUGGAAAGAGUUCGGGCCCUGGGCAGCCAGCAUCAGAACCGAGUUCAGGAUACUCACAGGCUCAUCACUCAGAUGCGCCUGAGCCUGGAGGAAAGUGAAGCUGCCCUGCGAAACACCGACGUUCUUCCCUCAGAGGACUAUAUGGGGCCAAACGGCUUUAAAAGUCUAGCUCAGGAGGCCGCGAGACUGGCAGACAGCCACGUUGAGUCAGCCAAUAACAUGGAGCAACUGGCCAGGGAAACCGAGGACUACUCCGAACAAGCCCUAUCCUUGGCGCGCAAGGCUCUGAGUGAAGGAGGCGGAAGCGGCACGCUGGACGGCUCUGUGGUGCAAGGGCUUGUGGGAAAAUUGGAGAAAACCAAGUCUCUGGCCCAGCAGUUGUCAAGGGAGGCCACUCAAACUGACAUGGAAGCAGAUACGUCUUAUCAGCAUAGUCUCCGCCUUCUCAAUUCAGCAUCUCAGCUUCAGGGGGUCAAUGAUCAGUCCUUUCAGGUAGAAACGAAGAGGAUCAGACAAAAAGCUGACUCUGUCUCAAGCCUGGUGACUAAGCGUGUGGAUGAGUUCAAGCGUGUGCAAAGCAAUCUGGGAAACUGGGAAGAAGAAACCCGGAAGCUCUUACAGAAUGGGAAGAAUGGGAGACAGAAAUCAGAUCAACUGCUUUCCCGUGCCAACCUUGCUAAAAGCAGAGCCCAAGAAGCACUAAGUAUGGGCAAUGCCACUUUUUAUGAAGUUGAGAACAUCUUAAAGAACCUCAGAGAGUUUGACCUGCAGGUUGAAGACAGAAAAGCAGAAGCUGAAGAGGCCAUGAAGAGACUCUCCUACAUCAGCCAGAAGGUUGCAGAUGCCAGCGACAAGACCAAGCAAGCGGAAACAGCCCUGGGCGAUGCUGCUGCCGACGCCCAGAGGGCAAAGAACGCAGCCGGGGAAGCCCUGGAGAUCACCGGCAGCAUAGAACAGGAGAUGGGGAGCCUGAACUUGGAGGCCAACGUGACAGCAGAUGGAGCCUUGGCCAUGGAGAAGGGACUGGCCACUCUCAAGAGUGAGAUGAGGGAAGUGGAAGGAGAGCUGGCAAGGAAGGAGCGGGAGUUCGGCACGUCUACGGAUGCAGUGCAGACAGUAAUCACAGAAGCCCAAAGAGUUGAUAACAGAGCCAGGAAUGCUGGAGUUACGAUCCAAGACACGCUUAACAUGUUGGACGGCAUCCUACACCUAAUAGACCAGCCUGGCAGUAUGGAUGAAGAGGGGCUGGUCUUAUUGGAGCAGAAGCUUUUCCAAGCCAAGGCCCAGAUCAACAGUCAGCUGCGGCCGUUGAUGUCAAAGCUGGAAGAGAGGGCAAGCUGUCAGAGGGGCCACCUCCGUUCACUGGAGACGAGCAUAGAUGGGAUUCUGGCUGAUGUGAAGAACCUGGAGAACAUUAGGGACAACCUGCCCCCAGGCUGCUACAAUACCCAGGCUCUUGAGCAGCACUGAAGCUGCC